GUCCACAGUAUCACACGUCUUACAAAAUGGGAAAACGCGAUAAAUCAAAGUCCAGCACGCAGCAGCCCCCGGUCUCGCUGAUACUCCCGCCGUCACUGUAUCUGGGUCCGUGCUCAGCAGCGUCCUCAGAACCGUUCCUUACGGCACAAUCGAUAACUGACGUGCUCAGCAUCGGAGCUACUCCCGCGGAGAAGUUCGACGGCGUGUCAUACCACCGAAUAUCGAUCAGCGACUCCCCGUCCCCGUCCAUAUCCAAAGCCUGCGACUCGGCACGUACGAUCAUCGACGCGGCUUUGAAAUUUCACAACGGAACGGGCAAGAUCCUAGUACACUGCUCUGCGGGCAUCUCGCGGUCCCCGACGGUCGUCGCGGCGUAUCUGAUGAGGCAUCAUCAGAUGUCGCUGAAUGAUGCCCUCCGGCAGAUUGUUCAGGCGCGCCCGCAGGCCUCACCGAACCCAGGGUUUAUGCGGCAGCUGAAGGAGAUGGAGAUGGAGCUGUUUGGAAGCGUCACGGUAGACGUGGACGAGAUGCCGCGAAAGGAGAAGGAUCGACUGGUGUUGUUUUCAGAAGGGAGUGAUGCUGCCACGAGUUCUUGAACACAACUAGUGAUUGCCUGAUCAGCGAGUUAGCACUAUCAUUCGUUUCUAUGCUGAUACAGUACUAAA